AAUUUUAAGAAUCCAAAUUGUUUAACGAGGAGAAUUAAGUGAAAGAAAUUAGGAGAGGAUCCCUUUCCCAUAAACAAUUAAACCCGAAACAUUUUCCUCUUCCUAUAUAAGAUGUGACACACUUUGUGACUUGUAUCACAGUUUCUUGCGUAGAAAAUAUUAUUUGUCUGAUUCUAGGUUCUCCUUAGCCUUCAUAGCUUUCUGUUCGCCUAAUCUUUCGCUACUAUCGUUUUCCCUACCAAUGGCAACAACUGAUAGGCCAAUUUCCAAACCCUCCAAAUGGUUCUCUAACAAAACCAUCAAACUCAGUUUCCCUGGUCGACGAUCAUCAAAAUCUAGCUUCUCUACUAGUCCAAACUCUCCUUUGUCCCCAACUACUGCUCGAACCGGAAUAAUUAGUCCGAGAUGUACAAGCAAAGAAGAUGAGCUUAGAGAAGUUUUUCGCUACUUUGACGGAGAUGGUGAUGGAAAAAUAUCAGCCUCGGAGCUCAGAGCCUAUUUCGGGUCCAUCGGUGAGUACAUGUCACACGAAGAGGCCGAGGCCGCGAUCAACGAUCUUGACGCGGACGGCGACAAUCUGUUAGACUUUGAAGAUUUUCUGCAGCUGAUGAAUAGCGGAGGUGGUGACGAUGAGGACUUGAAGAAGGCGUUUGAGAUGUUUGAGUUAGAGAAGGGAGUCAUAACCCCUAAAAGCUUGCAGAGGAUGCUGCACAGACUUGGUGACACCAAGUCGUACGAUGAGUGUGUUACGAUGAUUCAAGUUUUCGAUACUGAUGGUAACGGGGUGCUUGAUUUUAAUGAGUUUCAUCGAAUGAUGGCUUAAUGAUCAACUUAACUACGUUUAUAGUUGAUGAUUAAUGAAAGUUUUUUGUAAAAUAAUGUCUAAGAAUUAGUCGUGAAUAUGCAUGCAUGGUUGGUGUUGUCUUAUGAUCUUCAUGGAAUUGGAACAUUACUAUAGUAUUCAAUUUUCCCAUUUAUUUUCUGCUAAGAGUUUAAGCACAAAUAGAGAGUUUUAAAAGAUCA